CUUCCAUAAGCGGGCCUUUCGUCGUUUCUUCCACUAUGAUAAUCCACAGGCCCUUGUGGGUGUUGAAGAUAACCACAAAAUGGUCUGUCCACAGCUCCAACUCAUUUAAAGGACGCGGGUCUGCAUGGUAGCUAUCAACUUCAUCCCACUGAACACUCCUUCACUACCCCUUGUCCUCACGCCACUGUUCACAAUGUCGUUUGACCAUGUUGUGCGUCUUGGCCCCAAGCUCACUCUCAGGCUCAAGACUUCCUCUCCAAAACCAGCAAAUUCAGAUUCAUCUUACCAGAGCUCUGUCUCAGCUUGCCCUCCGGGCACAGUGGAGGCCUCACGAAGCCAGAAAAAGAGAUCUCGAGAUGCUCGAUAUGAAACUGACACGCCUGCCGUCCCGUCCUCUGCCAUACCGCCUAGUAUGCGCGCCAUAGUACCAUUGAGGCGAAAGAUUACCAUUGCGACGAAUGGGAAAUCGGUCGUUGGUCAUUCACAGAACAAUGCAGUAAUGGCUUGUAGUUAUGGGGGCGAUAGCCACGCGUCGGAGCACCUCUCCCAAGAUUGGGAGAUGUCAGCUCUAGUCGACCCUCCUGGCGCGCAUGGUCCUACUCAACUUCUUCAACCGCAAGAUGACUGCAAGAUGGAAUAUUGAUAGGUUUUCGUUGUACUAUAGAAGGAUUAGAAAGUGAAAUCUCAAGGGCAGACUAUUAAGGGAAUCGUAGGUGUACAAGCGCAGGCGCUAAUGUAAUCGUGUCGGGAAAUGUACGUCGCUGAAUAUCUUUUCG